AACACUGUCGCCGUUCAGACCGAAGGCAGACCCUCCGAAGAAACGCGACCGUCGAAUCCGGGAAAGACGUUUCCACCGAGAGGCUACCGACGAUCCCUCGAUCCCUCGUACGCUGGAUUUUCGCGUGCACCGUGUGCUCGAACAUUUUCACGAACGGAUACACGAUGGAUGAGGAGAAGAAGAGAAGAUACGAGUGAAAGAUCGAUCAUCGGCUCUCGAGAAGGAAGUAGAGAAAUCCGAGAGACGGUACAGAGAGUGCUGUUUAUCUUGGAGAUUCGCGAGGACGUUGGAGUUCGCUGGUACAAGAAUACAUCGUCGCACUGCGAACAUAUGACGGCAAAAUGAACAUACACAAACGCGAAUCCCAGUCAGUUCGCGCGUGAGAGUGUGUAAAAUUGCUCGCGUUCGGUCGUGCUCUGUGCCGCGAUCCCAGCAGAAGCCGCUCGACUAGAUGGCAAUCCGUUUCGCGAAAACCGAAAAAUCGUUUACUACGUUGUCCGGUCGAGAAACGCGGAUUAUGUCUGCUUGGUUAUAGUUCGUCGAGCAAUAAGUUUACAGGUAUAUCGGUGCUACGAGACUCUGGUGAUAGUGAAAACGGGUCAGUGUUGCGUUCAGUGCAUCGAAAAGUGUCGUGAGAAUGCAACAAUAGAAUCGUCCGCUCGAAAAAUGUCACGGGACAUCGCGGGAAGAGUCUCGGACGGGAUGAAUCGCCGGUGCAAUCGGUGAAAGUUGGGAAAAAAUCACUCUCGACGGCCAUAGAUCCCCCAGGUAUGGCUGCCUGUCAUCCGAGGCCGAUGAUCCAGCACCUGCAGCUGCAGGAGCCGACCCAAGUGGGCCUUGGAUCCGUGAACGGUAUCGGUAGUCAAACUGAGAAGCCGCUUCAGCAGUCUCACUAUUCGCCCCACUUACUCAACUGGGUGUAUCUGGCGAUCGCCGAUCAGAAUCAUGCUCAGCCACCGGACCAGAGCAAGCUUCUCCCGACGAUCUGGAAUAGCUUUCCGACGGCAGCGUCGCAAACCUAUUUGCAUCGAGGCGGUUUGAGUCCUUCCGGCGCGAUAGGAGGCAAUUUAGCGGACAGCAUCGGCGAUUUCGCGGACCAUUUCACGGAACUGAGCCUGCUGGAUAGAAAACCAACCAAAAGGCCGCCGCCCAGUUACCUUUGCCACCUGUGCUUCAAGAAGGGCCACUACAUCAAGGACUGUCCGCAGGCGCGGCCAAAGGGCGAGGGCCUGACACCGUACCAAGGGAAAAAACGAUGCUUCGGGGAAUACAAGUGUCCCAAGUGCAAGCGCAAGUGGAUGUCGGGCAACAGCUGGGCGAAUAUGGGCCAGGAAUGCAUCAAGUGCCACAUAAACGUCUAUCCGCACAAACAGAGACCUCUAGAAAAACCGGAUGGCCUGGACGUGUCCGAUCAGAGCAAGGUCCAUCCACAGCACCUCUGUGAGAAAUGCAAGACCCUGGGUUAUUAUUGCCGAAGAGACCAGUAAGAGUUUAAGCUAGUAGC